UUGCAGGAGCCAAGUAUCGAGCCAAGUGAAAAACAUGAACCUUCAAAAGUAACUAAGACUGAACUUGAACCGAUCCCAGAUGAACCAUUCUCGUUUAUUGACGAGCAACUUCAAUCCACCACCGUAGCUGCACGCUCUUCCCCAUGUCCUUCGUCUGAACAGCCCCUGCGUAGAUCGGUACCACUACCUCCGACCAUUCCAAAACGGAAACGUGUGCAAUCACUGUCCGCUACAGAAACCAUCUCGCCAUCAAAAGAUGUUCCAAAUAAGGAAUCGGAGCAAAAAGAGAAGAGUGUUCCUAUUCUUCCUGAAGAAGAACUGCGGAAGAGCGCGUCUCCAUCCGUACCACUUGAGACCAAGGUUGGUAUUUCUGUCCAGUGUGAGCUUCAGGUUUACGAAGAGCUGCUUGAGCUAAACUUCGUAUGA